AUGUCUUUCCAGGCCCCUCGGAACAGUUCUCCAUUUUCGUCUCAGCAACCGUUCCAGAAUAACUACUGGCGUGCUAGUCGAAGCCCUGGGACCAACGGGCUGCCUGGCUAUGGGUUUUCGCCACCGACUGGUAUCUCCAACUCCCUGAACAAUCCCCUCGCCGGCGACCGCACUCUCCCCAUGUACAAGGACAAACCCUACUUCGCACCACGACGCACCGGUCCGAGAGCCAGGCGGCGGAAGAUCAUAUAUAGCGGACUAUGUCUGUUUGUUCUGCUCGCUCUCUGGUACUACUCUGGCUCUGGUCAGCCGGAAUGGAAGACACCGGACGCGGAGAAGGGCGCCGAGCUCUGGAAGUGGGUGCAAAGUUUUGAGGAGUCGGAACCACCAUACGAUGGCAGUGCGGUGACAGAGAAAAUUGACUGGGAAGCAAGGAGGGAGAAAGUCCGCGACGUCUUCAUUGUCAGUUGGGAUGGUUAUGCAGCUCAUGCGUGGGGUUACGAUGAAUACCACCCUAUCGCCAAAAACGGCCGACACAUGAUUGAAGGAGGAAUGGGGUGGAUAAUUGUUGAUGCGCUGGACACGUUGAUGAUUAUGAACCUGACGUCCCGAGUGCAACAUGCCCGCAGCUGGAUUCACAACUCGUUGCAAUACAACCAGGACCACGAUGUGAAUACCUUCGAGACUACCAUUCGCAUGCUGGGAGGCUUACUUUCCGCACACUAUCUCUCCACGAACUACCCCGAGCUGGCUCCGCUCACGGAUGACGAUACAGGCGCGCCGGGAGAAGACUUAUAUAUCGAGAAGGCUACCGAUCUGGCAGAUCGUCUAUUAGGCGCCUUUGAAUCCGGUACGGGAAUUCCGUAUGCAAGUAUCAAUCUCAACAAAUCGGAGGGCCUCCCUUCGUAUGCGGAUAAUGGCGCCUCAUCUACUGCCGAAGCAACUACUCUCCAGCUGGAGUUCAAGUACUUGGCCAAGCUGACGGGCGAGGCCGAGUACUGGCAGGCUGUGGAGAAGGUCAUGGAGGUCGUGGACGACCAGAAGAUGGAAGACGGAUUGCUUCCGAUCUACGUAUAUCCAGAGACCGGCGAGUUUAAAGGCGAUAACAUCCGUCUCGGUAGCAGAGGCGACUCGUACUACGAAUACCUCAUCAAGCAGUACCUUCAAACGAAGGAGACUGAACCGAUCUACAAGGACAUGUGGGACGAGUCCCUCGUUGGCGUGCGCAAGCACCUAAUCACCUACACACAGAAUGCCAAAUUGACCGUCCUGGGCGAACGACCUGCCGGGCUGCACGGAGUCCUUUCCCCCAAGAUGGACCACCUAGUCUGCUUCUACCCCGGCACAAUCGCCCUCGCAGCAACCGGCGGGCGUCCUCUUUCCGAGGCAAGACAGUCACCCGACUGGGGCCAACGCCAGGAGGAAGAGAUUCUCCUCGCCCGAGAACUAACCAAGACCUGCUGGGCAACGUACCUAAUCACGAAGACCGGCCUCGCACCAGAGAUCACCUACUUCAAUGUAGACGACCCUCGUGUUAUGGAGACAGACAUGUACCCAGACUCGACGAUUGCCAACCCCAGCUCAGGCCAGCAAAAAGCCUCUGGCGAACUCCCCCUCCUUUCCAAAUCCAUUUACCCCGUCACCGACUACUCCACCAAAUGGCGCGAUGACCUCAACAUCCACAAACAAGACCGCCACAACCUCCAACGCCCAGAGACCGUCGAAUCCCUCUUCUACAUGUACCGCAUCACCGGAGACGACAUCUACCGGCAUUGGGGCUGGGAGAUGUUCAAGUCCUUCGUCAAGCACACCGCCGUGGUCGAGGACAUCCCUGUUGAUGAACUCAGCAAAGAAGACACAUCCAGCUCAACAUCAUCGUCGGAGACAGAAGAAGACGACGGAACCCGACAGAAGUCGAAACCCCAGAAAAUCACCGGCUUCACCUCACUCUCAAACGCCGAUGACGACCCCCCAGUGAAGCGUGACAACAUGGAGAGUUUCUGGAUGGCAGAGACGCUCAAAUACUUCUACCUGCUCUUCUCGGACCGCGACUUCAUCUCUCUGGAAGAACAUGUCUUUAACACAGAAGCACACCCUCUCCCGCGGUUCAAGCCGACGGGCGAGUUGAAAACAGGAUGGAUGAGGAAGAGUCGGACGAUAACGACAUCUAGUGAGGAAGUGGAGGAGUCGGUAUAA